AAGCGUUUGCAGAAUGUGACGUCAUCCCAUCGCCGCCACCCGGCUUCCUAUGUUGGCUACAUCUUUGGACGUAUUUUAUUAUUGAGUCGACCAUGGGCGGUGCUGCGGGGGCUGCCGCCGCUGCUGUUCGAGGCGCACUGGGUGAAAGUGGUGGGGGAGGUCCGGCCGCGAUGGAUUAUUCGGUCCACGAGGCUUGGAACGAAGCCACCAACGUCUACCUGCUGGCGGUGCUGGCCAGCCUGGCCCUCUUAGUGUACGCGCGCAGAAAUAAAAGGAAGAUUAUGAGGAUUUUUACACUACCUCCAACUGUAGAAGUACCAGCUGAGCCAAAUUUUUAUGACAGCGUGAAAAAAAUUCGUUUGCGACAGCAGUUAGAGAUGUACUCUAUCGCAAGGAAGUAUGACCAGCAGCAGCAGCCACAGAAACAGACUGAUAGUGUUCAGCUUUUGGUGGAAUGAAGUUUUGAAUCUUUGAAGUCAAGAAACUGUGCUGAGGAUAACAGGACAAUUGAGAUCUGAUUACUUUAAAUGCAAUUUUAAUGAUAUAUAGUUUGUUUUUGAAAACAAAACAAAACAAAAAACCCCACCACCAACCCCAAAAUUAACCUACAGUUAUUAUAUUCAGUAUCAGUCCUAUUUAAAUGCACCUGAAAUGUUUUCUGAAAUUGGAUGAAUGUCUAAUAGAUCUCAGUCCUGUUUUCCAGCUUGUAUUAUAAAUUAUAAAAACCAGGACUUCACAGGAGUACUGAGAUGUUCAGUAUGGGUGCUGCAAUUGUUCCCAUUGGUGGUUGCAAGAGAAAUGAGAUAGUACCUUGUGUGCCACAAUCAUGUCAAUAGACUGGUGCCAGCUGUGAGAGAGAACCUAUAUUAGGGGAGAUUCAGUAAAUAAUAAAUUUACUGUUUAGAUGACAAAAUAUAGAAGAAGAGAUUAAAAUCUUGGGUGAUGCAUUUCUUGCUGUUAGAUCCAAAGAAAGUGUGUAGUGCAAAUAGCAGUACUAUGCCUACCAUGUCUGUUUUGUUAUAGACUACUCCAUCAGCCAAGUAAGCCAGAAUGCUUGCACACUUUCAGGUGGAGACUCCACAGGCAUGAAUAUUUCACUCUUUGCUUAUUUUAAUGUAUUCCUUGUCUUCAGUCUUGUUUAAUCUUUUUAAUUCUAUUUUAAUUCUGUCUUGUUUUCUUUUAAAUUCUAUGUAGUUUGUUUUUUAAGAAGCCAUGCAAGUUAAGAUUACCUGUGACCACAGACCUUAAUGGAGCUAAGCUAUUCAAAGUCAAAGCACUUGUGCUAAAGUAGGUCAUGGUCCUAGUGAUAACUAAACAUUUAAAAUAGCAAUUAAGUCUGAUUUGGAUUAAGUCUGUAGUAAAGCUGAAAUUCUUUGAGUGAUGGGAAGCUUUUCUUCCUGUUUUUCUAAAUAGAAUAUUAACACUUUAAUGAAGAGCUGUUACACAUAGCUGCAGUGUUUACAGCUGGAAUUGCUUGGAAAAUUGAUCCACCAGCAGUAGUCCAUAUUCAUGCAUAUGCUGCUACUGCCAGUGGAACUAUACAAUAAUUUAUAGUAUGAAUAAUUUAAUAUGUAGGCACUUAUUAACAUCUGAAGAAAUGUGUAAAACUUGGGCAUGUUUUGAGAACUUGAAUUUGAUGUAUGUAUUAUAAACUGCAUCACAAUGUGGGUAGUAUGCAUCUAACUUCAAAAUAAAGUUCAAAUUUGAGAAAAUUUCUGCCUGGGGUUAAAUAGCUCUGACAUUCUGUGCUAUUUUUCCAUUUAUUCCUUGCUUUUCUGAACUGUUGUCCUGUGUUUAAACUCUUGUAGGGAAAGCAUGUGUUAAAAUACCUAAACAUGGCAAGGGUUCCUGAUUUUUCAAGACAUUUCUAAUGUGGCUUUGUGAUGCUUUGGUACAGUAAUGGUACAUUGCUAGUUGGUAACUGCUCUAAGGAGAUUCAUACUAAUAAUUAGAGAGCAACAAGAGAAGAAAGAGUGCAAUAGUCCAGCUUUAUGGAUUUAGUCUAUAUACCAUGUAAUGACUGGUUCAGGGGAUUCCUGGGCAAGCUCAACAUCCAAGCUGAAUUAUCUGGUGCAGACCGGAGAAUUCAGCAUUGAAGAUGAAAUUUCCACUUGCACUGGCAUAGUCUUAAAAGGAGCUAAUCAGACAACAAAUCAAAGGCUGAUGCUCACAUUAUAUCGGGAUAGCUUGUGUAGAUGCAAGAGCCAUCUGCAUUCAUCUUAGUUUUUCAAUCUGUAUCUGCAUUCAUGGGUGCAAUACUGUGUGAGCUUUAGUUAGCAGUUCUUAGCUGCAGCAACUUCUGUGUUCAGUACAACAAAGAAGGCAAGUGAUGCAGAUGGAUAUCUGAAGAUGAAUAUGCUGUGUAUGUCUGAAGAACAAAAGUAUAUAAACUAGUUCUUCAGCUUUUCCUUGCUAAUUUAGGAUUGUAUAUUAUUCCUGUCAGGGAAUGGAUCAUUAUUUACUGUACAUCCAAUGCUACAGUGAAAUCUGUGUUCAGGAUGAUUUAGCCUAAAAUGUGCCACAUGGCCCUUAUAUAUAAAAUGUUUCUGUAUUUUAUUUUUGAUUAUAGUAAAAUACAUUUAAAGCUA